UAGAGCAAUGCACCAGUGAUAGUUACAUCGCUGGUGUUGUUACAGAUACAGUUUAGAUUACACUGAAAACAUAUUAUGUAGACAGCUUUUGUGAUUUAUCUAAUUUCGUUUUCACUUUAGACAAGCAUAAUUGACUGUGAAUUUCAUUCUGCAUUAUUCAGUUUAAAUAAAGAGUAGAAGCUCGAUCGGUGUUUACGUUAUUUUCGUUAUAAUUUAUUGUACUCUUCAAGAAAAAUAAACACGGACAUUUUAAUCACCUAAUAUUGUCAAUUUCGUGCUGGUUGCAUUAUCAAAGAUAUACGAGUUCAGACGAAAAAGUGUAUAUAAAUGUGUCAUAUUAUUGUUUUUAUUUUUUUUGUCAAAAAUGUAGUAAUUUAGCUUAACAUACUUACAGCACGUUAAUUGGAUGUUGUUUACGAACAAAUCGACUACGAUAAUGGUGAAUUUAUUGUAAAUUGAAACAGUGAAGUGUAUUCAUGCAAUGUGUUUGAAUAACAAACGCAUAUUUGGAGUUUAACUGCAUGGCUUGGGGAUUAUUAAAACAGUUGAAAUAAAGGUCGGAAUAUUUAAUUUUAUUCAAAUUUAUAUGCUAAUGAUGUAUUUUGAAAGUCUUACUAAACAUGACUAGGAAUUAUGGUGAAGUGUCAAAUUGUUUUUACCCUUUGGAAAUUAACCAUAAUGUGUCUGUUCAUCGUUCCAUUGGAUAAUAUCCAUGGUGCUAAAAUUUCUACGGAUAACCUGUCAAUUGAUGAAUUAUACGAAAUUUAUGGUUUAAAGAAUCCUUUCAAAAAGACUAAAGAAGAACUGAAAUAUGAAAAGCGGCGGCGGAAGCUGGAAUCAAGAUGGGGUUUCGACAUUGAUGGUUUUCUUGAAAAGUAUGGGUACCUGAAAACAAUGCCAGAUAUAUUAUUAAAACGGAAGGUACAAGUGCACAGCAAAUUAGAAAGAAAAGAAGCAAUCAGAUUAUUCCAAGAGUUUUACGGUAUAAAAGAGACAGGAAAGUUAAAUAAGAAGACUGUGAAGAUAAUGAAGGAGCCACGAUGUGGAAUACCAGAUGUACGUGUUGAUGAUCCAUUCUCUACAAUCAGGCAAUUCCAUUUUUACAAAUAUUACCCGCGUUGGCGGCGAUCUGUACUGACAUGGCGUGCAACUAAAUACACAAAAAAGAUCUCGCCUUUAGGCCUUUGGAAAACUCUGAAGAAAGCGUUUGAAACAUGGUCUGCAGUAUCAGGACUGAGAUUUUUAUACUCCAGACAAAAACCAGAUAUACAAAUAGACUUCGAACGCGGAAACCAUGGAGACGGAAGUAAAGUUGCGUUUGAUGAGAAAGGUGGUGUGGCCGCACAUGCUUUUGGACCGGGAACAUAUACAAUCUCUGGAAAUAUUCACCUGGAUGACGAUGAGCCGUGGACUCAAAGUGUAAAUCCUAAAGAUGGAAUAAAUUUACUUGCUGUAGCCAUUCAUGAAAUAGGACAUGCGCUAGGUCUACAGCACUCCCGCGACCCACGAUCUGUGAUGUAUCCAGCAUUUGUUUCCACGAAUCUGGAUCUUAGUGUUGAAGAUAUUGAGCAUGCUCAAAUUCUAUAUGGCCCAAAUCCAGACACAUUGUUUGAACCAUACUUAAAUGCAGAACCUACCACAGUCGCUCCGAAAAUUUGCAAACUUCCAAUGGAUGAUAUGGAACUUGGUCCUGAUGGAUAUGUAUAUAUAUUCCGAAAUUCUCAAGUCCGUCAGAUAGACCAACGUGGAAAACUUGUUCGAUCCCAAAACAAAGUCAAAAUAUGGGAGGUAUAUGAAAAAGGACCACAGAAGAUAGACGCUAUAGCAUAUUCAUCCCAUCGAAAGAAAACAUUCAUAUUUUACAACAACACAUUGUGGCGAUAUACAAACUUCAGGUUAGAUUAUGGAUAUCCCAUGAACAUAUCUGGUAUGCCAGAAACGCCGAAAUGUGGAGCGUUUGUUAGAGAUCAGUACGGGGUCACAAGAUUGCUGUUAUUCGGUGAUGAGCAGUUUUGGGAAUGGAGCACCGGUCGUAAUAAAGUAAUGAAGGGUUAUCCAUUAUCUACAAGCCAGUAUUUUGAAGGUCUACCUAAAUCGCCUACUGGAGCUCUAAGAUGGAAAGAUGGUUACAUAUAUUUCUUUAAAAGAGAUAAGUUUUAUAAAGUUCACCCAGGGUCUUAUAAUGUAAUAAACGGUUAUCCAAAACCAAUGCCUCCAGAUUGGAUGACGGAUAUAUGUUGAUAUACCUAUAGGAAAUCGUUCUUUGAUAAUACAUAUUUUAACUAUUGUUCAGAAUUUAUUCACGGAAAAGUUCGCUCUGUGACACAGGAUAUGAGAAUCACGAUGACACGUCCAGUAAAUAAUCAUGUAUUGGAUGAUUCUUAGAAGCAUCGUCUCUAAGGUUGACUUCUUAGUUAUUUAGCUGUACAGUACAUGUCCAUAGUAAAUACAAGAUAUACUUGGUAAGCUGGACUUCAAGGAAUUGAAAUAAAUACAGUAAUUAGGUAUGCUUGACAGCUGCGCAGAAAUCAGUUCUUGAAAAACAAUGUUCUAUGGUACCACUGGGCUGUAUUUUGUAUGAGUGUAAGCAAAUGCAUACGAGACGGCGGUCAAAUAAUGUAAAUAAUCACGCUGAAAAAAUACAAGUUUGUUAAAUAUUAAGCAAUAUAUUAAUGAAAUAAAACAGCAAAGUUUAUGUUUAUCAGUAUUUUGAAACGAAAUUAUUACACUACUCACAAGGAUGAAAUGAAAUGAGUACCUCGAUGUCAUUUUACAAUACGCAUUGUUAUUCAUGAGGUCAAGUUUUUGUGUUCUGACUUGCAUUCAUUAUAUAAUAUAAUUUUAUUCUUGUAUUUGUACUUUAUUGCGUGCAAAAUUAUAUCGUUAUUAUGUUUCCUACAAUAUUUUUGUGUUUUAUUCAUGUCCUUGUCUGUUAUUUGUGAUUUCAUUGAAACAGCUUUUCGUAUCACAUAUGAAAGUAACAUUUCGUCGAAGAACACAACGCCUACAUUUUAUGAGUUAACAUGUUUAUCAACUCUAAACGAUUGCAUUUGAUUCAAAGUGACGUGGGCUUUUUGUGAAAAUGGGAAAGAUGGUUACUGCCUGCAUGAAUUCUUAAUGUUUUUAGGUAAAUACAUCUUGAUGCAUUUCUCUCUUGACCUCCUGUCAACUAUAGACAUUUCAUCUGAGCUGCUUUUUGCUGUGCGUGUUGGAAAAAAAAUAGCUUCUUCUCUGAUGAUGUUGCGAAAUUCAACCUAACAUAAUCAGAAUUAUUUUAUCUGAUUUGGUUUAAAUGACUGAUUUGCUGCUUUUUUGUCAAAAAUGUAAUGUGAAAAUAUUUGUAUUAAAUGAAGGAUUGUUUCUAGCAAAAUAUUAUAUCAGAAUGUAGACAAUCGGGGCUAAGUUAAAACAAAACUGCAUAUUUUUAGCUCACCUGAUCAAUGCUCAGAAAAUCAAAAGAAAAACCUUGUGUAUGCGGUAGAGGCUGUAUUUUUCAAUGAUCUUCAUGAAAUUUGGUCAGAGUGAUCGCCUUGAUCACAUCUAGGUCUAGUUCGAAUAUGGGUCAUCUGGGGUCAAAAACUAAGUCACUAGGUCAUAUCAAAGAAGAUACUUGUUAAAACUCAAUAGACCACAUUUUUGGUCCAAUCCUAAUUUAAAUUGGCCAGAAUAUUUGUUUCCAUGAAAUCAUGAGGUCAAACAUGUUUACACUGUUAUUGUGUGUUUCUCAUGUGAGCGACCCAGGGCCAUCUUGGCCCUCUUGUUUCUAUUUGGUAACAAAUUUGUAGUGAUACGUCACACAGAGUUGGUUUGGACUCGCUUAGAGAUACUUCUCUGCAAAUAAUGUGAAAAUAAUGUAAGACUAGAGACAUCCCAUUGCCAUAGUAUAUACACGUUACUUAAUGUUUGUAUUAACUGUAGAGUCGUUUUCAGCAAAUGCAGUCAGAAUAUACCCAAUUAAACCGGAGUUACCACCCUUUAAUAUAUCAGAAACUGAAAUGUGUCUAGUCGAUGCCAUAUCUUUGUGAUAGUGCAUCACAUUGAGAACAUAAAUGGUGUGAAUGUCUUGCGUAAAUGUCUGUAUUCAGUCAUAUCUGGGUCUCUGCAAAUUGUUUGCUAUUCAAUCAAGUACGACAUAAGUAAUUGUCCUUGACUUUUUGUUAUAAUGAUCAUUUCCGCUGAAAGCUAUCGUUUUAGUAGUAUAUUAAAAGCUUUAAUGGAUAUUGUGCGUAUAUAUUUAAGAAAUAAUAAGUUCCUAAUCGUGGUUUAUCGUAGAUAAUCCCGUGUUUUGAGUUCUUGUGCGUAAAAAUAUAUUACGAAGGCCGUGAGUGAUAUAUUGUUUCGCAUAAGAACAAAAAUAUCGGGUUAUUAAUCCCCCGCCGUGGCGGAGGGAUUAUAGGAAUGGUUUGCGUCCGUCCGUCCUUCCGUCCUUCCAUCUUUCCGUCCUUCCGUCCGUAACAAAAUCGUGCCCGGUCCAUAUCUCCUAAACCCCUUGAAGGAUUUUCAUGAAACUUGGGUCAAAUGAUCACCUCAUCAAGACAAUGUGCAGAACCCAUGAGUCAGGCCUGUCGGUUUAAGGUCAAGGUCACAACUCAAGGUCAAAGGUUUGAGCCGGCCAUUUUGUGUCCGCUCUAUAUCUCAUAAACCCCUUGAAGGAAUUUUAUAAAACUUGGGUCAAAUGAUCACCUCAUCAAGACGAUGUGCAGAACCCAUGAGUCAGCCAUACCGGCUCAAGGUCAAGGUCACAACUUUGGGUUAAAUGUUUUGAGCCUUCCAUUUUGUGUCCGCUCUAUAUCUUCUAAACUCCUUGAAGGAUUUUCAUGAAACUUGGGUCAAAUGAUCACCUCAUCAAGACGAUGUGCAGAACCCAUGAGUCAGUCAUGCCGGCUCAAGGUCAAGGUCACAACAUAGGGUCAAAGGUUUGAGCCUUCCAUUUUGUGUCCGCUCUAUAUCUCCUAAACUCCUUGAAGGAUUUUCAUCAAACUUGGGUCAAACGAUCACCUCAUCAAGGCAAUGUGCAGAACUUAUGAGUCAGCCAUUUCGGCUCAAGGUCAAGGUCACAACUGAAGGUCAAAGGUUUGAGCCUUCCAUUUCGUGUCCACUCUAUAUCUCCUAAACCCCUUGAAGGAAUUUUAUAAACUUGGGUAAAAUGAUUAUCUCAUCAAAACGAUGUGCAGAAAUUAUGAGUCAACCAUGCGAGCUCAAGGUCAAGGUCACAACUAAGGGUCGAAGGUUUGAGCCUUCCAUUUUGUGUCCACUUUGUAUCUCCUAAACCCCUCGAAGGAUUUACAUCAAACUUGGGUCAAAUGAUCACCUCAUCAAGAACUCAUGAGUCAGCCAUGUCAACUCAAGGUCAAGGUCACAACUGAAGGUCAAAGGUUUCAGCUCUGUAUCUCCUAAACCCCUUAAAGGAUUUUCAUGAAACUUUGGUCAAAUAAUCACCUCAUCAAGACGUUGUGCAGAAUUCAUGAGUCAGCCAUGUCAGUUCAAGGUCAAGGUCACAGCUAAAAUCAAAGGUUUACCCUUUCACUAUCAAUAGCAGUGGCGGGGGAUUUAGCUGUCUUUCAGACUGCCUUGUUCAACGAUAAAUCACACUUGGGAACUUGUUAUUUCGAUUCUAACACGACAUACUAGUAUCAACAGUGUUAGAAAAAUGGUAACUACUUUUUACGACCGUGCUACGCACCUGGAUCGGAUGACGUCAUUGCACGCGCGUGGGUUAUUGCAGAAUAACCCGAGAUAGAUUUUGCUCUACAUGUAUGUAAGUUAUUCGCUGGUCGUGUUAGAAUUGUGUAAUAAACUUGAUUAAGUUUUUAGCAUAUCUAGUAAGAUUUUCUGUAAUUUUACGUCGGAGUCAUUGUCCUUCAGUAUAUCAGAAAUUGCAUUUCUAUCCAUCCAGUGCCAUAUCCAUUUGAUAUAUUGUGCGAUAGGUGCCAUUCAUUAGGAAGUCCUUCACAGUAUAUAUCCUCUCAUUUUCCCCAUUAACAUGACAAACAAUUCUAAAUAGAACCUUGCUACCACUAAGCUGCACGAAGCAUAACAAUAUACAUGACAUCCUUUUCCGUGGAAUAAUAGUUCAUUAAACAUUUGAAAUUAUGUUCAGUUAACUGCCCAUCUUGUUUUAAGAUUUUGUAUUCAUGUGUGUCCUAAAGACACUUGCAUCUCAGGAAAGUGCCAGAUAAACGAAUGAUUAUAAAGCAAAAUUAUGGAAUUCAGUCUAAACAUGAUUCAGACUUAAAUCGUUGAUAAAUGUGGACAACAGCUCAGAGCAAUAGACUGGUCUAAAUGCUUGUUUCUUGUUACUGUCUCUGUGUAAUGACAGGGGGCAGUGUUGCAUUCUAAGGCUAGUAUCAAAAUGCAGUACCACAUUUUCAGUACGUCUGUUCAUAAGACUACGUGUAGAAAAGGUUUCACUCACGUUUGUAGCGAGCAGACACGAGUGUCAAUGUGGAAAUAGAGUUAUAUAGGAAAUGGUAGUACAUAAUUCAUUUUAAAAUCUUCUGUUGUAAAAUACUUAUCAAUGUACAUAAUCAAAUGCAAUCUUUUUACUUCCUUUGUCAGCCAAAGCGCGUUUCCAAAUACAAACAACAUAUAUAUAGUUCAGUUGUUUUUGUUUUUUAAGAUCUAUUUCAAACGUCAUGCUUUUAAAUAUUUAACGACGUCAUUUUGUGUUUUCUUACAUGUUAACAUAUUUCAUUUUACGGAGCAUAUUAGUUAAAUAGGAACAUGGAAUGGUUUCAACAUAGAUGGCCUCUGUGAAUACAUCAAUCGUGCUUGAUACUGCCGUCUUUCAUUAAUCAAAUAAUCAAGACAUUUGUAUGAUUUAUGGUCUGAUUUACAAGGGUUCAGAGGUCUGAAGACCAGAUAGUAAGGACAUUAUCCCUAGGCUGUUUUAAUAGCCAAGUAUCUGAACGAUGAACCUUGGUAAAUCAGUUGAGUAGCAACGAAAAUGUCUUGCUAGUCCCCUAUCGGUGGAGGAAUGCCCUCCGUUCUACCGUCUGUCUAUCAGUCUAUCUGUCCUGCAAUUACUCAAAAAGUAAUCCAGCUGGGUUCAUAAAACUUGGUAUGUGAAUAGAGGGCAAUAUAUAGAUUAUGCAUGUACAUGACUUAUGUUUGUAGAUUAAAGGUCAAGGUCACUAUUGCUGGUCAAGUAAAAAGUGUUUCCACUCCUAACAUUUAUAUGCAUUGAUGGAUUAUCUUAGUGUUACACACAAACGUUUCCCAUGAUUAGACAAUGUGUCAACACAUGAUCUAUGCUUGUUGGUUAAAGGUCAAUGUAACUGUUUAAGGUCAAGUGAAAAUGGUUGUCGGUCAAAUGUCAAUGUCAAUAUUGAAGGUCAAGUAAAAUUGUUUCCACCUCAUAACUUUUAUGUGCAUUGAUAGAUUAUUUUAGUACUGCACACAAAUGUUCACCAUGAUGAGACAAUGUACCGCGUACAUGCCUUAUGCUUGUAGGUCAAGGUCAAAGCAAAAAUAGUUUUUUGAGUCUUAGCUACUAAAUGCCUUGAAGCAUUUUUAGUCUUAACACUGUUGCCAACAACCACAAGGGACGAACACUAACAAAGUUUUAUACCGGUAAGGGACUUCUGUAUUGCCACUGCAGUACUCGGUCACUUGUUUAUUUUCAUCCUAACAUGCCAAAACAUUACGCUGAAAUACAUUCAUCCGAGUAUUAAGUACCAGGUUGCAAUGCGGUAAAUUGGUGUCAUAAUUGACGUUCUACUGCUCACUAAUCGGUCCGCGCCAGUAUAUACAACGCCUUACCUACUUCUUUAACUAACAAGAUAUUUUAUAUGAUAUGAUAUUCUUUAUUUGAAAUAAACCAUUUAUGGCCCAUGACAAAGCAUCAAUAUACAAAGAACAGAACACUAGUAAUAUAGCAAGUCACAUUAUGCAAUAUAUAAACUAGAAUUUGUAGUAGAUACCAAUUUACAAAUGAAUUAACAUGUUUAUGAUUAGACAUCACACUUACAAUGUGGAAUAUUAUUUUGCUAAUUUUCUAACAUAAACAACGAUAGCCAGCCAUUUUAGAAUGAAGCAUUAACUGUAUAUGUAUAUGUAUAGAACAACACAUUGACAGAAUGUUAUACAAUCGCUUUAUAUAAUGCAAUUGUAUUUCUCAUAACCAGCUGCAGGAUUGAAUUUUUGUCGAUGAGUUUGUAAAAAUAUUGUAUCAAAGCGUACAUAAAAUAAAGAUGAAAGGUUUUCUUGAAUAUGUGUUCUUGGGUAGCACAUUUACACGGAUUUAUUGUUUUUUGUUGAUUUCAAUCAACCUUUUAAUAUGUUCCAGGUAGAAAAAUUGAAACGGGCCAAUCCUAUCCUAUGGGUUCAUUUGAGUAUAAACAUUAAAACACUCAAAUGGGGUUAAGUAAAAGAUAUUGAACUUUAGACAUGGAGACAUAAGAGACUGCUCUCUGUUAUACAAACUUUUAAAAUAUAAAUGGCAGGUAUAGAUAAAUUGUCGUUCAUAUAUUGAUAACAGCAAUAUUUCUUUAAUUAUACAGUAUAAAUUUUUAAUAAAAUUAUAAAACUA